GCAGCCAUAGCAACAAGAAUUGAAAAUCAGAUAAUGGCGGACGGCGAACCUUAGGGUUUUAGUAACAUUUUUCGUAAAAUAUCUUGGUGGGAUUGAACUAUUUGACGGCAAUCAUUCACGUAAAAAGAUAAUUGGUUAAAGCGAACUGUAAGUUCGAUUGUAUUAUGGUUAACUUGGCUUUGUAAAGUUUUUGUGGAGAUAAACUCUCAUUAGGCCAACACACAGAGCUUGAAAAUGGAGGAGGCUGCAGAACGAAUAAAGACAAAAAAGGGGAAAAAAGCAAAGGGAAAAAAGUCGCAAGGAAAAAAGACGAAAAAUACUGAAGACGCUGAUCAAAUAAGGUUACAGGAAACAAAAUCAUCGUCAAGUCUUGAAGGAAGUCCCAGUUUAGAACAACUAUCGGAAACUUCGUUUCCACCAACAGAGAAACAAGCUGACAUUGGAGCGGAGGUUCCUCGAAGGUCAGUUGCAAGAUCAGAUUCUGAACUUACAAGCAUAGUUGUUGUCAAAGCCGAAGAUGAAUCUGUAACCAUAGAACAAAGUGAUGGCGAAAAAGAAGUUGUUUCUGAAGCAGAAAAAGCAGAAGCAGAAAGCCCUAUUCAGGCUGAAGAAGCUUUCUCGCCACGACGAAAAGCGACUUUGUCAAGGCUCGACUCAGGGGCUAGCCUUGCAGGCGAGGGAAAGAAUAGCACUGAAGAGCCUGAGCAAAUAAAUGAAAAUGUGAUGGAUGUUUCAAUUUCCAUAGAGGAAGAACAAGAAGAAGAUAAACAAGUUGAGGUGGAAGAAAAUACCAUAGUAGAAGAUGACCCAGGAAAAGUGGUUGAGGUUGAGGUUGAAAAUACUCAAGAAAAUGAUGAGCUCCAACUCAAAGCUGUUUCAUUUUCAGAUGAGACUGUUGGUGAAUAUGAUGCCCCAAUGAGAAACCCAGUUCCAGAUGGUUCUGAAGUAAUGGAAGAUGAAGCCCUUAACAUGCAGGCACCUGAAAAGUUGAAGGAAGAAGAUGAAGAUCAUAAAAUAGAUGAGGAAAAAGAAGUGGCAAAAGAGGAUGUUUUUGAAGGUAGUGACACAUUACCUUGGGAGAUGUAUAGGUAUGUUGAAAAGAAAGAAAGAGAAGACGAAGAUACUGAUUUUGAGGAGUAUGAUGGCCAAAAAACUGGAAAUGAUUACAAAGAGGCAGAAGAUUUGCAGAGCCUGGAUGGCUUUGCAGACGACUUGGAGAAUGAGAAGUCUAAUCUGGGAACUAAGAAGCCCCCACCCUCACUCUAUGAUAACUUGCAACAAAAAGAAAUGCACAAGUAUGUUGAUGAACUUAGACAAGGCAUGGCUGAUGAAGAGAUAGCAUCUUACCUCGCUGAGUUUGAAAGAAAGAUUGAAGAGGAAAUAAUUGAAAUUGGUGAUAUUUCCCUUGAGGAUGUACAGGAAGAGGAAAGAAGAUUGAGAGAAGAGCAUAUAGCUUUUCGACAAAGAGAGGCAAGAGUCGAGAGAGACAGACAGAAUGAAAUCAUGAUGGCCAUGGAAAAAGCCAAGAAACAUGUCAUGAACCUGUUCAGGCAGAAGUGCAAGCUCAUUCUCAUGAGACAGGAACAUCUGAUGCAGCGAGACAGGUUGCUGCAAGAUCGUAUUCACAGGUCUUUCAGAAGAUCAGAGAACCAUCUUUUAAAAGCCCUCGCAAAGAAGAUGGGAGAGGUUAAGACAAUGUAUGGUGACCUGGUCUUCUCUGAUGGCCAGUAUGAGGGGAGUAAAUGCAGAAGGUGGAAAGUUGAUUGGAUUCGGACACCGCAGCCAAUUCAGAUCAAGCUGAGGUGCCUCCGUGGUGUCAAGAAUAAGCUUCCAGCUAGCAGAUACGUCCUUAUGGCUUCCUUGUAUAGCCGUUUGGGUGGUCACGUGAUGAAAUGGGCAAAUCUAAAGGGACAGCAAUGGGGUGGCGCAACACUGCCUAUGAAUCAUGAUGGUGAAUUUUUCAAUAUAGAAUUGAAGAUGGAUCAAAGUGUAUUUGCCGUUUGCCCUUCGAGACCUGAUAUGAAAGCAGGGAUGAUCCUCGUUUUCGAGUUGAUGAUACUACGAGGCUCAGUUACACCCACUGAUAAAGUUGUUGGCUGGGGCUGCUUUCCCAUUUGCGAUGGGAACUUUAACGUCGCUGAAGGAAAACACAAAUCACCAUUGUUACGUGGGAGCAUGGAUCCUGCCAUCGACAAGUUCGAAACAAUCGAGAAAUUGGUUGCUUCGGACAUUGACCAUUGGUUAUGCAAUUUGUAUUUUGAGAUUGUGAAAUUGCCAAAGUACCUAGCUGGACAAAAGGAGUACGAAAUCGAAUUGCAGUUUUCAAGCCAGACGUCGAAACUUCUUAAUAAAGAAAUAGCACAGAAUGAGAAGCCCGCACCUUCUAUAAGUAAAGACGCCAGCUCUGAAGUCGAAAAAGCCAUGCCACCGUCAAUCGUGGCGAGCACGGUUUCUAUACAGAGCUUCAGACCUCCUGCUUAUUCUGAUAUAUAUACUGAGAAUAACUUGGUUUCUAACGAUGAUGAUGUCAAACCCGGCCCAAGCCACGCUCCUGCAGAUAAUCUAACUAUUGAUGUUCCAGCCGUUCCUCAACGAAAGACUUCUGAUCGCAGUGUUUCACCAGCACCCUCCAUUUCAAAACUGAGGAAGAUUUCACAACUUUCAACUGAUUUGAGGCAACGCAAAGGGUCCAGGCAGCCAGCAAAAGUGCAGGUUCCAGAUGCUGAAGGCGAAAGGCCUUUCACUGUGUAUGGUUCUAGGAAAGUAGUCGAGGAGCAGGGUGUUUAUUUGGGUGACGAGGAGUCUUCUAGUGACUCAGAGUAUUCUGGAGAUGAAGUUUAUAUCAUUGGCAAGGGCGGUGGAUUGAAACCAGUUGAAGGACAACCUGGGAUCUAUUACAAGGUUCGUCAAAGUCAUCAGGGUGAAGACGAGAAAUCUAAAUUCUACACGAUGUUGCCAAAGACACCCCUGCUUGCACAGCAACGUAAGAAGAAAAAGCUAACACAUCUGGAGGAGUUAGAGCAACACAACUACUCCAUCAAGACAAAGUGGUCAGGUAAGGACAGCAUGCUUCGCAAAAGUCAACGACGAAUGCGCUAUGUGUGGCGUAUGAUGCCAAUUGAGCUUGAUCUGUGGCAGUACAAGAGCAAAGAAUUCUGGUCAAUGCUUUUGAUCUUAGUCCUCGCAUGGUGGAUCAGAAUGUACUUGCAUUACGUGGGACAAUGGAUCUUCUUGGUUGGUCAGCUCAUUCCCAUCAAUAGCGUUCAGUACUUGCCGUACACUGUGAGCAUCCAUUUCCAGAACACCAUCCUAAGAACAAGAGAGGAAAUCGGCGUCAUUGCGAUGGGUCCUUUCACCAACAUCAUGGUUCUUAUCGUGAUGAUCCUCUUCUGCUAUUUCUUCCAGCUUCUGUACGACCGAUUUCCAAAUCUACUUUCCCGCUUCAUAAUCGCUUACGGAAUUCAAACUGCGCUUGAUCCAUUUUGGAUUCUCGUCGUUGAUACAGCCAAGGGAAGGUACAUAAAUCUUGGCGGCGAUAACCCUAUUGGUGAUGCUUACAAGCUGUUCUACCAUUUUAGCCGUUACUUUGGCAACGGAGCAGUUACUUUGUUCAUCAGCAUUUCGAUUACGCUGUUUCUGUACGCCGUUACCGUGUUUUGCGCAUGCGCCAUACUCUAUUUGUACUUCAUGCGCCUUCACAACAAUGGCAGAAUGAUGGAUAUCUAUUGGAGGCUACAUGGAAUCGAGACUAAUUUCUUUGUACCCUACGACCUGGAAAUGUCGAAUGAGGAGCUUGCAUUCAUCUGCAGAAAAGCAGAAAAAUGGAGAGGACAAGAAGGCGAGCAGCGGAAAGUCAGUGUCUACCAUUACACCUGGGAGGAAGAAGAGGUCCCGGAAGAAGACUGGGAGAACACAAAGCCAAAGAAGAAGAAAAUACCUCGGACGGAAACAAUCACCCAUAUUUCAAUCCACACUAUACAUCUGGAUGGUUUAAGGGAACUUCACAGACAUUUUCUGAAGCUAAACAACGGAGCAAUAGUUGAGGUCUUUGGAGAGGUCAGCAUGCCUAAUGAAGCUCAGAGAACUCAACUAACAGGCUUACCAAAAAGCAAUCUGCACGGUGGCUCAUUUGUGCACGGGCGGGUGAAUCGGUCCUACAGUGCAUCCUCCAGUGGUAGCAUACCUGCUGCGGAGAAGGAGAGAAGACCAUCACAAUUUUUGGACCUACCAUCGAUGGUCAAGUGAAGAUAUGUGUUUAUUAGCACAUAGAUAUGUGUAUAUAGAGCUACUCAUAGAUAUCUGUGUGUAUUAGCUUCUCAUGCAGGCAACCUCAUGCCUUACAUUGGAGUCUUAGAUGGUGAGAUCAAUUGUCCACCUUAAUUCCACAUCACACCUUAUUUUAAUCAGCUGCUAAUCCACAUCUUGUUAAAGGCACAACAUCUGUAGCAAGUACAAUUUUCCUGGACUGUUAGUAGUCAUUCGUGCCACUUUCUUAUCAAACAGCCCCAGCUGUGUUCACUAUGCAACUGCUAAUUAUUAACAAUCAUUGUUCAAAGAAAUAGUGCCUUAGAAUCAUUAGUGAGUGGUAUAACUGGAAAGAGCACUUGAAAUUAAGGGAAGUUGCUUAGUUUUGCACUCGGAACUUUUUGUUCUCACCCGCGAAACAGGAGGCAAGGGAAACAUUUUACAGCGAUGCCUGAAAUAUAAGAUUAUAAAAUCACCUUUCAAUUGCCAGUCAAGUUACAGAGUUGCGUGUUCUCUUCUUUUUUUAUUCAUGCAUUGUCCAUUUGUAGUGGCAUUCUCCACAGGGUUCGUUUACUUACCGUUGCAUUAAACGAUUUUAAUGAUUUUAAGUGUGAUUUUAGCUAAUGCAAAUCAAGUUUGUAGUUUUGGAAUGAAAUAAUUAUGUGUGGUUUUAAUUUAUUUGAUGUUUUGCUCAACCUCAUUUAAUGCUAACAUUGACGUGUAGAGGCAGGACCUAGAAAAGCUGUAAAAUGCUGUAGAUAGUGUAAAUAGCAUGUUUUAUCAAGAUCACUCUUAUGGAACAUUUUAGACACAAA